UUGAUCUUAUUAUUUUCCCAUACAAAAUGUUGACCCGAAACCUCCAUUUUGGAACGAACGUAGUAAACUGUGCCGAGACUGCCAAUGCAAGGAUUACUAUCACACAGAUUUUCAGUAAGAUAUUCUGUGAGAUUGUCACGAAAGCACCCUAGAUGGAAAGUACUUCCAUUAUAACACAAGUAAACCGGGAUGAGGAACAAAUAAAUAGCUUCCCUACGUCGGAAUCAGGGCCAAGCUCAUCGAAGAAGCCAAGAAGUAGAAGUCUACUCAAUACCUUCCUGUGCUGUUUCGGGUCAGGGAGACAUGGCACGCAUCAAAGCGUACCACAGACAUCAGAUCAAACUGAUCAAAGGUCGCUCGAGCACCGUCCAGCUCCCGUUAACGACCCUAGCACGCAACCAAAUAAAUAUCUACUUCCCCAGGUGAGGCAGCAAGAUGCACAUAAAUGUUGUAUAGUCAUCGAUUUAGACGAGACCUUAGUACAUAGUUCAUUUAAGCCCAUUUCAAAUGCAGAUUUUGUUGUUCCUGUAGAAAUUGAUGGCACAGUUCAUGAGGUAUAUGUAUUAAAAAGGCCGCACGUGGACGAGUUUCUGCAGAAAGUGGGGCAGCUCUAUGAAUGUGUGUUAUUUACAGCUAGUCUUGCAAAGUAUGCAGAUCCAGUAGCUGAUCUGUUAGACAAAUGGGGUGUGUUCAGGUGUCGACUGUUUCGGGAAUCGUGCGUGUUUCACAGAGGAAACUAUAUCAAGGAUCUCAGUCGACUGGGUCGUAAACUGGAACGUAUUGUAAUUGUGGACAAUUCUCCAGCUUCAUAUAUCUUCCACCAAGAUAAUGCAAUCCCUGUGAGUUCGUGGUUUGAUGAUAUGUCCGACACGGAGCUCCUGGACGUUCUCCCUCUCCUAGAGCGCAUCUCACAAGAGGAAGACGUCUACAAAAUACUCAAGAAGGAGAACCACAAUCACAUAAAGCGCUAGAAGAUUGAGCUUGGCUUCAGCGCCCUAUAUGGAACCUCCGCCCAAAUCGACUAGUUCCUCAAAAUGAUUGAUAUUGACUGGACGUGCUGAUCCUGCAGAAAUACCUUAUUACCAAACUGCCAAAAUGUAGUGUAACCAACGUCACCAUCGGGAGAUCUAUUUUUAAUUGUGAUUACGUUGUAGCUCCAUCUGCGUUGCUGCUAUGGUCGACGUAGUCAUCCCAAGAGGAAUGCUGGUUUGGUUGGUAUUGCCAGCAUCUUAGUGAUCCUGCCAUUGCAUGUAGUAGUCCUCCAGUCCUACACCCCACCCACCCACCCUCUUCCAGUAUCACCCAGCCAAGGAAGCUGUUAUCAAGCAUUCUCGGUAUACUUAGGUGUCUCUUAGUCCUCUGUGCUUUAGCUUGAAAGGAAACUCCAUGCAAUAAUUUAUGGCUGUCCUGUACAGGAAGCCAGGUCUGUGAUAGCUGUUCAAUGAAGGAAAUGUUGUUAUGAUACCAGUGCAGCUAUACCAAGGUCAGUCCAGGCAUGUGGGUCAAGAACUACCCUUUGCUUUGUAAACUACCAAAUCUCUCAAGGCCGGCAUAUUUCACAUAUGACGAUUACAGAAAAAGAGAGAUAAAAAAAAUAUGCAAACUCUUCUGCAUAUCUUUCUUAAGCUGGUAUUAUCCUCACUAAUUAAAACCAGAUUAUUUUCUGUCACAGCACCAUCAUUGUUUUUUGCACAUGGAGAAUCACAGCUUACCUAGAGCUUUCAUUGUUCUGAUCCUUGUACAUUGAAUCCGUUACCGUAGGUAGGAACAGCCAGCAUUAAUUGGUAUGUCUCUAUGGUGCAGAUGCACAAAAUCAUAGACUUUGCACUGUAUGUUCACAUUGAAUAGAUAAAGGGAAUGAAAGGCAGUAUUUGUCAGUGAUAUGUGACAGAUUUAUCUGGAUGAUGCUGUUAAAAAUGGACUAAUCUCUUGUAUAUCUGUCUUUGUUUGGUUGACCGAUGAAAUAUCAAUCCCUAAAAAUACAAGAAAAAUCACUGCCAUUGUGAACCAAUUUUCUGAUCCUUUUUUAUAUAUUUCUUAACUUACCGGUAAUUCAUUCUUCUUUGGUAACAAUAAGCCAUGCCAUGGUAUUGUAACAAUAUACCAAGGAGAUUGCAUUCUUUGAAGAAGAAAACUUAUCAGGUAUUUUGUUCAUGCAGUAUUUUUAAAUCAAGAUACAAUAUUUGAAAUGAUACAGAAACUUUCAAUGGUUAGGGUGAUCAUAACAUAUAAUUCAGGCUGUUACCAACCUUAGAAUUUAGUAAGCAUGCUUUCAUCGAUUCCUGUGGACUUUCUCAAGCCAUAUGAUUUUUAACAGCUUCUUGUUUGUUGCCUAGGCAAUGAUUUUUCACAAUGUUUGCUUUAAGAAGGAAACUGGAUAAAUUUGUCCAUUUUGCACAGGAAUAAAUGGCAAGCUGGAGAUAAGGAAAGGUGACUGCAAGAAAAAGAAACAAAUAUGGGUAUGCUCCUGUGUUGAGUUAUACCUGUCUCUUCAAAAUGCAAAUAUAUUAGUUGAAUGUUUGGACAAGAACUCAACGUGUGUUUGGAUCAGCUCCCUCCUAGCGACCUCGUUAGUUGAGGCUCGAAUAUUGCUCAUAAUGAACCUAAAUACAGGUCAUGGCAGCAGAACAUGUUUGAAAUACCCUGCUGUAAUUUGAUCAAGUAUUAUUAUAUCAAUGGUAGUUUUCUUCACAAGACAAUAGUGAAUAUGAAAAGAUGCUGUUAAACCUCCACUUUGUUUGAAGGUUAUAGGCCCUAAAUGUGAAACAAUUGCUAGAUGAUGCAAUUACAAUGCAAAACUGGCACUAACAGAUAAUCUAGAAUGUACUUAAUAUGUCCUUAAUAAUAAUUUGUCUAGGUGUCCUACAAAUUAUUAUUAUCGUCUAAACUAUGCUGUGAUGUAUUAGUCAAAGCUGUCCUGUAUUUUAAACCCUUGUCCCCUCAAGCAGCAUAGCAGCAGAAUGUCUUUGACAUAUAGUCCAAUCUGAGGUCAAGAAACUUUUGAGGGGCUUUUGUAUAUAAAUAUUGUAUCUGUAAUUACACCACGAAAAACACACAUUGUAUGUUUAUCUCAUGAAAAUUUAUAAGCGCAUGAUCUGGACUGCAUGUUGAUAAGGAUUUAUAACAAAAAGAAAAGAAAAAAAAAUAUUAAAAAUGAAUGACCAGUUAGGAUGUGAAUGAAUAGAAAACAUGUUGGAGAGUGUCGUUUUAAGUCCAAUGUAUUGAUAUUUUAUCUUUUUUUAAACUUUAUUUUCUUCAUAUAUGAUGAUGUAGGAUAUAUAUAUAAUAGUUCUUGUAUAUUUAUUUUUUUCAAGAGGAGAUUGAGGUGUGGAUGACACCUUUGUGAAAUCAUAAAUCAUUGAAAAUUAGCCUCCGGCAGUUUCAAAUUGGCUCCUAAGUAGUGUUUUGUAGUGUUAGCUUGAUUUUCUUUCAAAGUGGUACAGAUGUGCUUAAGGUUUGGUUUCUUGAUUGUGCAAUUAAAGCAAGUACCUACUGAAAGAUAUGGGGAAGAAGGACAACGAAUCAUAGGACAACUUUCUUUUUAAACAUAGAAAAAAAGGUGACCAAAGUUGUAUGAAGAGCUUAAAUUCUACAAAAUAUUGUUAUAAAAGGUCAGGUGACAUUGUUACAAAACAAUGUUUUGUUAGUUUUUAGAGAUGUUUCUUCCUUCCAUCACAGUUAAGUCCAUUUGUUUGAUAGUCAAUUAAAUGGUUUCUCGCAAACCAGGGAUCUUUUUCUCCUCAGAAGUAUUUUGCAUGGCAUACAAUGUUCCGCCUGCUGGAGGUCAGUCACCCCAAAGUGAUGUAUUAUUGGUGACACAAUUCAUGCAUGAUUCCAUGAGAAAAACAUUUUCUUACUACCUUAUCAACAGUCAAGGUCAUGUAAUAUUUUUGUGUUAUAAUGUAUAGUUGUUGAUCACUGAGCAUUAGAAAAUGGAAUAGGUGGAGAGUCAGCAUUUGAAAGUAACCUCAAUUUCUUCACAUACAUGUACAUGCAGGGCUAACGGAUGAGAACUCAACAAGGAAAAAGCUUUUGUAAAUUACAGACAAAUUUUAAAGUUAUUAUUGUGCAGAGUGGGGCAUGCUAAAGACGUGUUUGUACAGAGUAUAUACAAUUUUGUUGUAGAUAGAUAAAAAAAUUAAUGCUCUAAUGAGAUCAUAUUUUUAUUACUAACUGUUCAUUUUUAUAUAAAUUUGAAGAGAAAUGAGACGGAUGUAUAAAUGCUGAUGUGUGUUGUAAUCAGUUGGGAUAUUACGCCAGCAUAUCAUUCUGUUCACACAAUGCUACAGAGUGGCUAGGAAAUAAUAUUCUUUUAAACAAGCACAUUGAAUCGUAAAUCAAAACAGUCAGGAUUUUUUAGAUGUUUGCCAGAGUUUUUUUAAUUUCUUGGACACUCUGUAGAAUUUACUGUGAGGAAGUGUAUAUGUUGGAACGGAACGAAUAUGCGUUAUGUAGAUUAUGUGAACUGUGUAAACCUCUUCAAUCAUUCAUUGUAUAUGGCUCUUCAUGGAGAUCGUGUUAUUUUGGAAAUCCCCAUGGCUCGUGUCCUCAAAAUAUUUGUCAAAUCUUUCUAGAUUUCAGGAGAUGUUGCAUUUUGGUAUCAUGCAAGAUGAUCAGAUAUGUGUAUUGUCGUCAUGAGGAGUAUCAAAGUUUGUGAAAUGUAGUGGGUUCAAGUAAGGCAAGGAUAUUACCCAAGAGUAUUAUAAAUUCUGCUCACUAUUAUGUCGUGUUUAUUUUGUGUUUUUAACAAGAAAACUGUAUUAUACUGACAAGUAAUAAGUGUGUUGUACCAAAGUUAUAUAUAAAUAUAUAUAUCUAUUUUUUCUUUUUUUUUCUUCUUCUUCAUAGCAGCUUGAGAUCAUAUCUUUAGCAAGUUGUAUAUUCUUCGAAUGAAUUUGUGUUUACAUCACAAUUCAUCCAUAUUAGAUUUAUUCUCUUCAUUAUAACGUUGACAACAUGUCACUCCAAAGUUUUGCUUCAGAAAUAUGAUAGAAUAUAAUUUUGAUCAUGGACCUUUACGAUAUUAGCUGUCUGUCACUCAGAUGGAGAUGUAAAUGAUGCAGCAACAGUUGGUUUCAAGUAAAGUUCCCUCUUUUAAUUAUUUUAGUUUUUACUGGUAACUUAAGAAAAAGUCAUUAUGCGUGACAUUAUAUAUUAAAUCCCUAAUCAGUGGAUGUAAUUUUUUUUAAGAGUUCGAUCUACACUGUAUUAAUGGUAGCCAUAUAUCAGUAUCAGGUCAACUGUCUUGAUGUGUGGGAUCUUUUUGUAAGCUUUUUAAACAGUAGGCUUUCAAAUAUAUUUUAACCUUAAAUUGUUGUUUUUUUUCUUCUUCAUAUCUGCAGUGAUUUUGAUUUAUCUUUUAAAAAUAAAAAUAAAAAAAUCAUGAAGAACAUUAAUGUUACACUUGACCUCGAACAAAACCUAUCCAGCAUCACCUAGCUUUUGGUGUGCUAUUAAUUUGGAGCACCGUAAGAGAGUGAAUUGCAGUGAGUAAUUAUUGGUAUAUAUUCCAAUCUUACAUCAAAUGCAGUAUAUAUUUCUACAUGAAAGCAUGAAACAAGUACAUAUAUACCUCAUCUUGUAAUUUGCUUUUAUUGAAACUUUAAUGUGUCUGUAUGUAGUUUAAUGUCUCUUCUUCUCUCUAUCCUAAAAUAAGAUCCGUGUAAAGAUAUUUAGAACAAAAUGAUGAGAAAUCGUUGAUGAUGGAUGAUGCCUGAGUCAAAAGAAACGGGUUGAGGAUAAACUUGGUAUCUGAUUUUGAAUAUAUUCUUUGAGGUCACAACUUACGGUAUUUGUUUCUAAUGAGUUUGAAGUAAUGGGACUACACAAACUUUGUAUGAGUUUGAAUUGGCAUUAGUUUAUUACCAAACAAGAGGUUUUGGUGAUUGGCAUUUCAACAGUAAACAAAUGUUUUCACCUAAGCAUUAAAGGGGCUUAGCCCAGGUUUAUAUUUACAUUUCCAUUCGGAAAUAUUAAGAGAUUCUUCCAAAAUAUAUUAAGUAUUCACAACUUAAUGCAUUUACAGUAUAAUAAAGAUAGCAAUUAUUUCAUUUUAGCACUGCACCACUUUUUACUUUUUUAAAUAUUUUUUAUGUUUGCCUCUUCAUCUUAAAAUUCUUCUUUUAGACAAAAGGGAUUACAGAUGAAGUUGAAUUUUCAUGAUAAAUUUUCUGACACACACACCUAUUUUCUUCUGAAAUAAAAUGCACUUUUGAUACAUGUAACAGUUUAAGCGCAUUUACUAAAUGGGUUUUUAACUGUUACCUAUGCUUUAGUAUUUUUGUAUCCUUCCUAGAGUCCAAACUUGCACAUGUUCAUAUUAUAAUGUAAGGAUAUACACUUGGUUUAGAUAUAUACGAAAACUGUUGAUUUGUUAUUUCUAAAUUGUCAAUAGGCUACAAAGUGUCAAGAUGACAAGGGGACUUUUGAGAUAUCCAUUAAAAGUCACAUAAUAUACAAAACUGAGUAAGUAUUAAAAUAAAAUCAACAGAUUGAAAAAUCCUGGGCAAAUCAAGAGAAAAUAAAUCAUGAUUGAGAAACAUAGAUCAACAAGUGACAUUAAUACUGUAUUUAGAGUUUGAUUUUCCAAAUUGUACAAAUAGGAAACUUUGUUUGAAUAUUGUGCACCUGCAUAGGACCCCAUGCCGUAAGUUUACAUUGUAGGUAACUUUACAUUGAAAGUUGGGUUUGAAGUCUUUUGUCAUAGGAUGUCUUUGUUUCAAGAGAUGUAUCACUAUUCAGACAUUGCCAGUACAUGUGUGUGUGUUCCCAGUUUACCACCUAAUCGCUUUUCAAGCAGUGCUUCAUAACCGAGUGCAUAUAUGCAUUUGUCAUUCUCUCACUCCUUAACUUCGCAAAACCUGAUGCUAACAAUAGCUACUACCUCGGUCACGCCCCCAUAACGACUCUAAACCAGUAACUGACAAAAUCAAAGCCAUUCGGGGCCCGGGGUAAUAUAAUUCUGGUUUUGUCUAGUGUCAUCGCGUUUUGGUCUCAUUGGCGUAACCGGGGUAUUGUAGUCAAGCAAUGUCUGAGUUAUAGGUUUUUCUAGACAUCUAAAGAACUCAUAAACAGUAUGUAUAUCUAUUUCCCCUUUAAGCAGUUGAAUAAACUUUCAACUGUUCAACUUAGUACACAAUUUAGUACAAAUGUCAUGCAUCCAUUGGUUUGAAGUUCAGUAGUAUAUUGCAAUGCUUCAAUUACAUCGUGAUAAGUGUGUGUGCUUUCAUGUUAUAGCUUUGACAUCAAACUGACAUACAUAUGCAUGUUUAUUACACUUUCCUUGCUGGGACAUAUAUUGGUUUACGAUGUUUUUGGACAAUAUUAUAAUUUACUUUCUCAAUAUUGUGUACAGAUAUGGAAUCAUGCUCUCAAAACUAUAUUCCCUGUUUACAGCAUAUUAACUUGGCUCCUUGGUAUUUGAGACUUCUUUUGAUGAUUGUUGAUAAUUUUCUUGGAGUAAUACAUUUCUUUUUUUCCCCUGUUACACAUUAUCACAGAUGUAUAUCACUGAUAUCUGAUUUUUAAAGAUUUUUUAUCAUCACAUGGAAACUAUUUAUUGAUACUAGGAUUAUGGCAACCUACCAUUUUAAAUUCAACUUUCAUUUUCUUGAUAGGAAUGAUGGAACAAAUUAUGUGAUGGUUACUGUGAUAUAUUGUGGUUCAAACUGUUUGCAGUAGUCUUAUUAAAACUCGAAUUCUAUCGCCACUAUAUGUCUAUCUUCAGAUGCUUCGUUAAGUAGUAGAAUCUCCAUUGUAAAGUGCACCAAAUAUGGUGUAGAAUCAUUGAUGCAGGUAUUCUCCCGUUGCAAAUAUUUGUGAUGAUAUAAACUCACACACUCUCUGUGUGUUUUGUUCUGUUGCUUUCUUGUAAAUGGUUCCAUUUUAAUGUGUGAGUGAGAAUAUCAUAGCCAUUCAAAUAAUGAAUAACAACCUGUUCUAUCUAUGUCAGUAGCAACAUUGGAGAGAUGACAUUUUAUAAAGUUAUUUUAUUAUUUGUCAGUUGUAGAACAGAGGAGAACUAACAACCCAAUAUUGUGGUGUUCGUAUUGAGGUUUUUACUUUUAUUGAACCAUGUACACAAAAAAAUAAACAUUUUAUCGAGUGAUGAAAAUAGGA